AUGGAGUCAAGUUCUGGUUCAAGUGACCAUGGAAAUAUCAGAGGAGUGCCUACGCAUGGUGGGCGGUACGUACAGUAUAAUGUCUACGGUAACCUCUUUGAAGUCUCCCGAAAGUAUGUCCCUCCGAUUAGGCCUGUGGGUCGCGGCGCGUACGGUAUUGUUUGUGCUGCUGUGAAUUCAGAGACACGCGAGGAAGUUGCUAUUAAGAAGAUUGGUAAUGCAUUUGACAACAGAAUAGAUGCCAAAAGGACACUGAGGGAAAUUAAGCUUCUCCGCCACAUGGAUCAUGAAAAUGUGAUUGCAAUCAAAGACAUUAUACGGCCUCCACAGAAGGAAAACUUCAAUGACGUCUACAUUGUUUCUGAACUAAUGGAUACUGAUCUUCAUCAGAUUAUACGUUCCACUCAACAAUUAACUGAUGAUCAUUGUCGGUACUUUCUUUAUCAAAUACUACGAGGACUCAAGUACAUUCAUUCUGCAAAUGUCUUACAUCGUGAUCUAAAACCCAGCAACUUGCUCCUCAAUGCAAAUUGUGACCUGAAGAUUGGCGACUUUGGGCUUGCAAGGACUACCUCUGAAACAGAUUUCAUGACAGAGUAUGUUGUCACUCGCUGGUACAGAGCUCCAGAAUUGCUGCUUAAUUGUUCAGAGUACACGGCAGCUAUUGAUAUUUGGUCAGUAGGUUGCAUACUUGGUGAAAUCAUGACCAGACAACCCCUGUUCCCAGGCAAAGAUUAUGUUCAUCAGCUGAGACUUAUCACAGAGCUCAUAGGUUCACCUGACGAUGCCAGUCUUGGGUUUCUUCGAAGUGAUAAUGCCCGAAGGUAUGUUAGACAGCUUCCACAAUACCCAAGGCAGCAACUCUCUGCUAAAUUUCCUAAUUCGUCCCCGGGAGCUGUGGAUUUACUGGAAAAGAUGCUUGUCUUUGACCCCAGCAAGCGCAUUACAGUUGACGAAGCACUGUGCCAUCCAUACUUGGGACCUCUUCAUGACAUCAAUGAGGAACCUGUUUGCCCAAGGCCUUUUGUCGUUGAUUUUGAGCAACCAUCUUGCACCGAAGAGCACAUCAAGGAGCUCAUCUGGAGGGAGUCUGUUAGGUUCUUGGGUAGCAGGAUUAGGAUCGAGCGUUUGAGCUGGGAGCUGUUGGUCUUAUGGUUCGAUCUUCACAAGGAUGUUCACUUAACUCUUACUUCUUUGCAUGGUGGUGGUGAUGUUUUUAGUCGUCUGUCUGAUAAAACAAGGACUGACACUUUAUUUGUUGCUUGUGACCUAUUACUGCUGUGGAAAGGGGAAAACUCUCCGGUCAGAUAUCGAUCAUUCUUGUUAGAUGAAGCCCCUGCAGUUCCCCAUCCCAUUUUAUUGAUGUUCUUUGGGAUCUUAUUCACGAAACAUGAGAAGAUUAAUCAUCCGUUUUCGAAAGAAAUCGAAGAAUUUAUUGGGAAUCUUAUAAGAUUUGUUCGUUCUUUUUUCUUUGAUAGAUGGCCUGAAUUUCAUUCGGGAUUGAAUCCUACUGAGAGGUCCACCGGAGAUCAGGAAUUGUUGAACAAACAACAGGAUCUGUACAUAUAUCAAGAUAAAGACCAGCUGACGACAGGCAAUAGUGAUUUACAGAGUGUUGAAGCAUGA